AAGAAGCCAAACGAGUUUCUUAAAUCGUAUAUAAGGAGAGAUCCAAUCCAAGUAAUUGGCUUGAUUGCUUUCAGUUUACUGUUGUUGAUGAACAAAGAUGAUGAAGACGCUGGCUUCCAAGAUACUAACAGUGAAGGCCAACAUGGUUCUGAUCGCCAUUCUUCUCAUUGUCUACGCCGUGCUGUUGCUCAAACCAUCUUUCUUGUUUCCUCUAAAUGGGGAGACGUUCAUCACAUGUCUGUCAAAACGUUGCCAAAUGAAGAAGGUAAGAUGGAAAACAAGAGUCAGACGGCAGAAUCCUCAACUGGAGGGAUCACAAAACCAAAGGCCGGCCACACCAAAAUGAAACAAUUAGAAGGAUUAAUGGCGACAAGACCAAGAAUGAAGAUAGCGUUGAUAAAUCUAGACGACUACGAAAUCCACGAAUGGGUAGACGAAGGGGAGACGACAGUGGUCCAGUUCGAAAAAGUGCCUGAACUCCUCAAAUGGGAGGACUUGUUCCCGGAGUGGGUGGACGAGGAGGAAGACGACGCCGUGCCAUCCUGUCCCGAAAUCCCGAUGCCAGAUUUUGGGAGGUACCCCAGGGACUUCGACAUGGUGGUGGCCGGACUGCCAUGCAAGUCGCCGGAGGAAGGAUGGAAGAGGGACGCCUUCAGGCUGCAGGUUCACCUAAUCUCCGCAAAUUUCGCGGUGAAGAACGGGAGGGACGAUCUGCAGAAGUUGAGGUUCGUGUUUCUGAGCGAGUGCAUGCCAAUGGUGGAGCUGUUCAAGUGCGAGGAGAUGGUGAUGCACGAGAAGAGCGCGUGGGUUUACGACUCGGAUCUGCUCAGACUUGAAGAGAAGAUCCAUUUGCCUUUUGGAGCUUGCAGAUUGGCACUGCCCCUCUGGAAAGAAGCCAUUCUUUUCCAUCGACGAGCUAACAGAAACCACGGAUGCUGGGCAAAUGAAUUAGGAACGCCGAACGAGGUGUCGGAUGUCUGGAGGAUGAGGAAGGGCAUCAACCGGACACUGCCGGAUCAAAUCCGACCGCCGGGGACCGGACGCAGUCGCCGGGAGGCAUACGUGACGGUCCUCCACUCGUCGGAGCAGUACGUGUGCGGCGCCAUCACGCUGGCCCACACCCUGCACCACACCAACACAACCCGGGAUCUGGUCAUCCUCGUCGACAACACCAUCACCCCGUCGACCCGCCUCGCCCUCCGAGCCGCAGGCUGGAAGAUACGAGACAUCAGGCGCAUCCGAAACCCCUAUGCGCAGCGGGGGACGUACAACGAAUACAACUACAGCAAACUCAGGCUCUGGCAGCUCGCCGACUACGACCGAGUCGUCUUCGUCGACUCGGACGUACUAAUCCUGGGAAACGUUGACCUCCUGUUUGACUUCCCGGAGCUGUCGGCAACGGGCGACGACGGCAUGAUCUUCAAUUCAGGUCUGAUGGUCAUCGAGCCGUCGGCGUGCAUGUUCAAGAUGUUGAUGGGCGAGACGAGCAGGAUAGUGCCCUACAAUGGCGGGGAUCAAGGGUUCCUCAACGAGAUGUUUGUGUGGUGGCACAGGUUGCCGAGAAGGUUGAACUGCCUGAAAGUCAGGCAGACCAACCACAGCAUGGAAAUGGAGAUCAAGAACCAACUGUUUGGGUCCGACCCGCCGGAGCUGUACGGGAUACACUUCCUCGGCAUCAAGCCAUGGAUGUGCUACAGGGACUAUGACUGCAACUGGGACACUGGUAACCAAAUCCGAUUUGCAAGCGACGUGGCACACCGGGCGUGGUGGAAGGUGCACGACGCAUUGGUCGGGGAGCUGCAGAGGCCUUGCUUGCUCACACCGAGGAGGAAGAUCGAGUUGGCCUGGGAGCGGAGACAGGCUCGAAUUGCAGAGCUCGCCAACGAGCAUUGGAGGAUUAACGUUACCGACCCUCGACAGUUUUUAUGACUAACUCCUAAUCUGAUCGACAAGGAAGGAAGGAAGGAGGCUUGAAUUUCAAACCUUUCAUCUUGGAAAGGGGCUAAUAUAAAGUUAUUUUUCGCAUCUUUUGGCAUAAUUGAACUGCUGGGGUCACCAGACCUAGCGUAUGGAAGAAAUUUUCGCCUUUUCUUUUGUUUAUACCAUCUUAUCAGAAUCUGGUUUAUUAUUC